GAAACGCUGUCGUGUGUGCUUCGCUCUCUCUGUCCGUUACGCGCUAGUUCGCCCGUUCGCUUGUCUGUUAGCAAGUGCUCCCCAGUUGCCGGGAAGAUGAAGUCCGCAUCGACCGCCGUGUGCACGCCGCAGAGGGCCCCCGCCGUCGGCGGCCGCGUCCACCGGCGAGACAGCAGCAGCGAGGUGCAGCUGUACCUCAGCAAGCUGCGGCGCCUGCUGCCCGCGCGCCCCGGCGCCCGGCGCCUCACCAAGCUGGAGGUCAUCCAGAGCGUCAUCGACUACAUCUGCGACCUGCAGUACUGCCUGGAGAUGCCGCUGGAGGCCGUCGACGCUUCCCUCAAGACAACCGCCGUCCAGCUGCCGGCCGAAGCCCUGUCAGAGGACAGGACGUCGCCUGCCUGCGGCGAGCACGAACCUGCGUUCUUCGGCGGCGACCACGACCGGCUGUGCUCGGCUGCAGCUGAGGUCGACGAAUUGGAACUGGAGGAGGAGGACCUGAUGAUGGAGGAGGAAGACCUGGAGGCGGAGGAAGACGCGGAGGCGGAGAGCGUGGCGCCUGCGCCGUCCGCCCCCGCCGCCCCCGCGCCGACGCCUGCCUCCCAGGAGCAGCAGGGGCUGCCCGCGCCGUGCUGAGUUGCCGGCAUCCCAGGCGCCGCCAGCCACUGUGCGCUGCCCAGCACUCUGUGUUCCUCCUGCGUGCGCCGACGGGCCACGAGACUGACUCCCCCGACUGGAGCUGCACCGCCCCUCAGCAAAAGACUGCUCCCCUUCCCCAUGUGCACAUGGUGCAUUUCGGUACUAAGAACUGCAGAGGACAUUGUUCGAGACUCCGCUCCUUCAUUUUCAUCAGUUGUUUACGCAUAACUCGUGUUGUCCCAUCAAGAUGUGUUGUCAUACUGUACGAUUUUUCACUGUGUAUCGUAACUAUUUAUUUCAUCGUGACGAUGUUUCUGAAUUGUGCCUUCUAUUGACAGAAACGAAAUUGUAUUCAGCAGUUCUCAAAGAAAAAAGUACUCUGCUUUAAUUUUCUCAAAUUGUGAGACACGAGACUUGUCCGAGCGAGUAUUAUAUCUUGUUAUUGUCUGUGAUUUUAGUUUAAUGUUCUGUACAAAUCAUUGUAUAUACUCCUUUAUAUAUGUACAUAUUAAUAGAGAAAAUAUUGAAAAUUAUGCUGAAUGAAAGAUAUUAACAUUAUUUUUUGUAAUACAAACAACAAUAAAUGAUUUAUAAUGAUUAUAUAA